CUGCUGCCACAACGUAUGACCACCCUCAGUUUACCAAACGCCAAAUCAUCAAGAAUGUACUAGUGGUCAGCAUAGCCUUUGUCGUGCUCUUCAUCUCUUAUGGAAGCAUGGCCAAUCUGCAGUCCAGCCUCAACAUGGAAAGUGGAAUCGGCAGUGGAAGCCUUGCCGUCAUAUAUGCAGCAAUGAUUCUUUCGUGUCUGUUUGUACCGUCAUUCCUGAUUGCCCAUAUCGGUUGCAAAUGGUCGAUGGUUGUUUCAAUCACAGGUUACAUUGCAUACAUGGCCGCCAAUUUCUAUCCUGUGUGGGCCACAAUGGUUCCUGCGUCGAUUCUGAUUGGAGUAGGAGCUGGUCCUCUGUGGUCAGCCAAGAGUACCUAUCUCACCACUAUAGCUGUCUGGUACGCCAAGUUGACUGGGCAGUCAGAGGACGCCAUCCUCAACCGAUUCUUCGGAGUCUUCUUCAUGUUCUUUCAGUCAUUUCAAAUCUGGGGCAACAUUAUAGUCUUCAGCAUAUUUUCAUCAUCCAGCAAUUCAACGAGCAACACAUCAGACAGUACCGUCAGUGAACAACGUAUUUGUGGAGCGAGGUUUUGUCCAAGUCAGAUUGCAGCCUCGAACAACACCAACCUAGAACGUCCCGUGGACACUAAGAUCUACAUACUAUGUGGCGUGUUCGUGUCCUGUGCUCUGUCAGGGAUGUUCAUCAUCAUCCUGUUCCUCGAUCGUAUGAAGCUGGUCAGGAAGGAUCAGGGGUCCAAACGCGUGUCCCCUCGGGUGUUGGUGGCGAGCGUCAAACACCUCAUUUCGUCCCGGUACCAGAUACUCCUAGUACCUCUCACCGUGUACAGUGGAAUCGAACAGGCAUUGAUCGGGGGAGACUUUACCAGAUCAUUCAUCACGUGUACCCUCGGCAUCCACUACGUUGGCUACAUCAUGAUAUGCUACGGAGUCGUUGAUGCUUUAUGCUCGUUCCUGUUUGGGCAGCUGGUGAAAAAUGUUGGACACAUACCUUUCUUCGUGUUAGCUUUUGUUCUUCACGGAUCGUGUCAAAUAGUUUUCCUACUUUGGGACCCUGACGGUACCAGCUUGUAUGUGUACUACGUCAUCGCGGGAAUCUGGGGGAUGGGAGACGCCGUUGUCCAGACACAGAUCAAUGCUCUGUAUGGCCUUCUGUUCAAAGACAACGUUGAAGCUGGGUUUGCGAACUACCGACUUUGGGAAUCCAUUGGAUUCAUCAUACAAUAUGCGUACAACGAUUACAUUUGUACCAGCACAAAACUGUACAUUUCCAUAGCAAUACUUCUAACUGGCAUGAUUGGGUACGCGAUUGUGGAAAUAUUACACCGCCGUGAAGAAACCUCAGCAAAAUGCAUUGCCGAUUCAGAAGAACAUGUGCUCAAAAAUUGA